AUGGGCGGAGUUGGGGAAGAGUUGGCAGAGGGGCUGCAAGAUGACAUUGAAGAAGAUGUAGGUGAUGUGCUAGUCAUACUUGGACACUAUGCUAGGAAGAUGGAGGACGAGAGAGGAGAUACGAAGAGAAUUUUCCCGGGAGAUCCAUUGCCGCUGGAGAAGACCCUUAGGCACCUUAAUGAAAAACAGCGUCUAUCUAUAAAGAAACUACUGAGGAAAUCCAUCUCCAGCCACUUGAUCCAGGCCUUGAAUCCAAUGUCGCGGGCAGAGGUAUAUUACUACUUGGGUCUUUCGUAUGAAAAGGGCCUCUUUGGGAUAAAGAGGGACGAUAGAAAAGCAUUUGAAAACUAUAUAGUAGCUGCCCAGCUGGGAAGUGCUGUUGGAACCUUCCGAGUUGCACAGUGUUAUGAAAAGGGAAUAGGAAAGGCGAGAAACAUCGAAAAGGCGGUGUAUUUUUAUAGGUGUGCAGCCAAACUAGGUUUGAUUGAUGCAAUGCACACCUAUGGCGUAAUUGUGCUAUUUGAAAGGAUGGAAAGAGACUGCGAUCUUAAGAUAGGGUACUUCUACUUGAGGCUAGCUGCAAAGAAGGCAACAUAUACCUAUCCAUAUGCCCUGUACGACCUCGGAAGAUGCCAUGAGAAGGGCAAGGGGCCGGACAUUAUAUCCCCAGAUGACUUGUAUGCAUUCAAGCUUUAUCUAAAAGGGGCGUCUCUAGACUGCCCCAACUGUCAGUUCAGAGUGGGAAAAUGCUUUGAGAACGGAGAAAUGGGACAUGAGAAGGACAUGAGAAGGAGCAUAGAAUGGUAUAUAAAGGCAGCAGAUCUUGGGCAGUCUGAUGCACAGACAAGGCUUUCGGCUCUAUUUCUAAACGGACUGGAUGGAGUGGUUGAGAAGAAUAUUAAGCUGGGAUUUCGGCUUGGCCUCAAGGCGGCUACAAGAGAGAAUGUUUUUGCAGCAUAUUUAGUCUCUGAAUGCUACAAGCAGGGGAUAGGAGUCAAGAAAAAUGCUCUCUUGGCCCUCUGGUGGAGUAGAAUAGCAGAGGAGUUUGGAGUGAACCAAGGGAAUCCUCUGGUUGAAAGAAUAAAGAUAGUGAUCCCUGACGAAGAUGAAGGCAAGGAGCAGUUUGAUUUUGAGGAUGGGAUGAUAACCGGGCUGAUAAAGGCACAAUGA